AUGAAUUUACUUUUAUCUUUUAUUCUCACUCUGCUAAUCAGCUUGACAAAUGCAACAACAACUUUGCCACCUGAAUAUUGGAGCAGAAGGGAGUCAAGUAACAGGCCAACUAAAGCCCCCGUUAUCCCAAAGUUACCCCUCGCCAUACACUAUGAAGCACUCUGUCCGCAGAGCAUGUACUUCAUUCAACACCGACUGCACGAUGCUCUGCAAGAAAACAAUUGCUGGCCACGCGUGGAUCUCAAACGGUAUCCCUUUGGUACAGCAAAAUUCUUCAAUAAUACAGAUCUGAAUCUCAUGGAAGUGCAUUGUCAACACGGCAAAAAGCAGUCGCUGCAGUCAAGAAGUGUAAAGAAAGCAGAACAACAGCGGAGAUCCUCACGCCCUACGGCAAAGAAGCACACGCUCUUUAGUUGUCCGUUGUUCCCAGUAUUGUGUUUGAUAAUGACGCUUUGA